UUCGUUGUGAAUGGCACUGGCAAGAAGCAGCAUCAAGUUGCCUGCCUGGAAGUUUUCUCUGGUUUUUCAUUUUUGUGAAGCCGUGGGUGUGAUAUUUUUAUCCAAAACUGACAUAAAUACCAAGUCAAGUGCUUGGACCAACUAACUAUAGCCAAUUAAGCCGGAAAAGUGCCGAUAAUCGACCGCUAACAUGUCGGAAAGAUCGAAAGGUGACGUGUCCGCUCGCGUAAACAACAAUCAAAACCCAAACGCGACGCGUGUCGUGAAAAAUCCGCUGCUCAGCGCCUCGGUUACCGGUUUGAGUUUCGACGACUUUCCCAACAAGCCGCAGCUCCUGCCCGCCGCUCCGCCCGUCGUCCACGCCCCGCCACCCGCUCCGGCCCCCGCUUUGAUUGCUGGCAUCCUGAACCGCGAACCCAAAACACUAGUGACUGUGGGCCAGCCCUCGAGCAUAGACGACAGCGAGGCGCUUGACGAGAUCAACUUGAACACCAGCAGCGAGGAUUCGCUGGGCUUGAGUGGAUCAAGUCCCUACCGCGGAGCAGGUCCCGAUCCGAACGCUAAUCCCUUGCUGGAACCACCGCCAGGAGUAGGCAACGAUUCCCUGCUGAGCCAGGCGGCCUCCUCCUUCAACGCCCUGCCCUUGGUGGCCUCCAAUGUGUUCUCGAGCUUCUCGAAACGGAUCUACGCCGCCGGCAGCCGGGAGCAAUCGGAGGAGCCCAGGUUGGACAUCCAGCCAGCCUACAUUCAGCAAGCAAACUACGCACCGCCGCCCGCGGCAGUAGCUCCUGUGCCGGCUCCUUUCUACGCCGGUCCCCCACCAGCAGCGGACGAGGUGGUAGCCCCCGAGCCUCCAAAGCUCUACGCACCCACUGAGAUUCCCAGCUCGAACCCAGGGGCACCUGCACCCCCGCCCACUGCGGGAAAUCCGAAUUCAUACCGGUUCACGGCUCGAAAGAAGCUAUACGCUCCCAUUCCUGGGUUCUCCGAGCAACAGGCGGCACAGGCUCCGCAGAUUCCGCAGCCUCUGCCCUUCCAGACACCACCAUAUCCGACGCAGCCAACUCCAGUUGCCGCUCCCAGUCCGGCUGCUUUUGACAUAUCAGCCCAGCCAGCUCCAACUCCUGUAGAGGAGCGCAAAUCCGGAGGCGGACUCUUCUCCCUGACCAGCCUUGUGCCGCAGGGCGUGCUUCAGAACAUCUCCGGAUUGGUUCAGUCCGUCACUGGCAACCAGGAGCCGGUGAAUAACCAGCCCAGCAGCUCGGGCGGUUACUUUGACGUUUCCACUGGAGGACAACAGGCUCCUCCGACCAACUUCUUUGGAGGACCAACGCCUGCCCCUCCGCCGGCGAGUAAUUACUUCACCCCGGGCGGUGCUCCACCUGCGCCAGAAUCAGUGGCACCUCCUCCUGUUGGAGGAUUCUUUGCACCACCCAUCAGUGUUCCAGCACCAAUAGAGAGUAAUCCACUGCCACCUGGAGCACCACCAUCGGGGCCAGUAGGACUAUUCACGCCUGGAGAAGCACCACAGGCCGUAGGACAAAUAUUUAAUCCUGCACCCUCUAGUUCUGGACCUUCUACCAAUCCGAUCCCAGGACCUCCACCCACAACUGCAGCUGGCUUCUUCAAUCCAGGAUUAGCUCCGGCAACUGUUGCUACUCCACCGUUGGCUCCUCCAUCGGCAGGACCACCACCAAGCCUUCCUCCAGCAUCAGUACCCGAAAAUUUCUUCACCCCCGGACUUGUCCCAGCUGUUGCUCCAACAGCAACACCACCGCCAGCUGUAGCAGGAUUUUUGCCACCUAAUCCGAGUCCCCUGCCAACUGGACCUCCAGUAGCAGCUGCUGCUCCACCGCCAGCCGCUGGUCAGGCUUCUUAUCGCCUCCAAAAAGGCACGCGUCUCUACAAGAGCCCGCUGACGGCUCAGGAAACUGCAGCUCCUUCGGGCUAUUCCGCACCUUUGGCUCCCACAGCUGCGCCGACUGCUAUCUUCAAUCCGUUUGGAGCUCCCGCACCAGGUGUCAAUCCAGUUGCUGACAACAGCCAGGGAGUAGCUCUCUUUCCACCAUCAGCUGCGGUUGGAGCUCCUCCUCCAAGUGCAACCAAUCCUCCACCAUCAGUAGGACUUACAAGUGUCCCACUCUUUGCUGCUCCACCAACAUCAUCGGGAAUUCCUUUCUUCAAUCCUCAGCCAUCGGCAGAAAUCAAACAGGACGUUCCACCGGCUCAGGUGAUAGAAGAAGCUCCUCAGCCUCCGGUUCUGCAACUAUUAGCUCCACCGGUUCCAGACCAAGAGUUGAGCAGUGCCGUUAAUGCUCCUCCCCCAAGUAUAGUUCCAACAGUAGGACUCACUAGUGUUCCACUAUUUGCUGCUCCACCGGCAUCAUCCUCGGCGAUUCCCUUCUUCAACCCUCAGCCAACGUCAACUCCUCAGCCUCCGGUUCAGGAACUAUUUGCUCCGCCUGUGUCAGCGCCAGGCCAGAAUCCGUGUAUUUUUGCUCCACCUUCAAGUGUAGCUUAUCCUCCACCGGCAGCUGCUCCACCAGCAUCGUCAUCGGCGACUUCCUUCUUUAAUCCUCAGCCAACGGUUGAAACGUCAUCGGCUCAAGUGAUCGAAGGACCACCUCUACAGGACCAGCCAUCAACCCAAGGAAUCCCCUUCUUUGCUCCACCACCGCCGGCUACAUCAGGAGUUGCUCUAUUUACACCGCAACCUACCCAAGAACUGGGAGCAGAAAAGGACCAGGGAUUAGCUCUCUUUGCACAACCACCAAGUCAGCCCAAGUUAGAGGCUCCACAGGAAACUACAAACAGUGUUUCUCUAUUUUCUGCUGCUCCUCCGGUGGACAACCCUCUUUUUACACCCCAGGGAGUUCCCUCAUUUGCGCCAGGAGUCAUUGAACCCGUUAUCGAGGAUUCACCUCCAGCCCCCCAGCCGGAAUCGAGUGCUUCACUUUUUGCUCCUGUGAGUGAGCCAGAUCGAGGAGCUGCUGAAGCACAAGCUGAGGUUUCCUUCAACCAGGCUCCUCCUCUGUUUGUGCCCGUGCCAGCGCCAGCUGACCAAAGUCCAGGAGUGCCCUUGUAUCCUCCAGUUGCAAGUGCAGCUUCCAGCGCAGCGCCGUUCGCUCCUGAUCUUAUAAGUAAAUGCGCCCCGGAUCUUGUGGCUUCGAGUCUCGUUCCCCCAGCAACCGCAGACGUCUUGCUAUCUGCUCCCAAUCCUGUGGCCUCAAGUGCAUCUCUAUUUGCUCCGACUAUACCAACUGAAUCCCAGUCGGAUAUUGGACCACCUCCAGUGGUUGAGCCACCCACUGCUCCUCCUGCGAUUGGUUUCUUUGGAGCUCCAGAGGCGACUACUGCGAGUCUGUUUACAGGAAGUUCCGGAACCCAGACUGUCUUCAGUCCACUAGCACAGACCAUAACCACACCCCAGAUUCAGGACGCCGGUCAGGACCUGGUGCCACCACCAAUAGGAUUCUUUUCCCCACAGACCGAAGGCGAAGUUGUAGCUCAACCACCACCUGCUCCCUCGCCCCUACAGAGCUUCUUCGGCGCUCCGACAGCUGGAGCCUCUGCUACUGAGGAGUUCAACUUCUUUGCCAAUCCAGCACCUGGAGUCUUUCCGGACUUACCUGUCCAGCAAGGGAUUGCUCCGCCACCUCUGGCCCAAGAGCCACCGCCAGCAGAGAGCGGCGCUACACCGGCUGCCUCCUUGGGUUUCGAUAAUCUACUAAACCAAUCCCAGCAAGCGCCACAGCAAACACCAAAUUCGAUUGAAAAUUCGUAUCCAAAUUCAAGUGCCAACACUUUUGAGUUCUUUGGAGGCGCUGGUGCCCCUCCUCCGACAUCAGCCGUCGAUUCAUCCAUUGCUGCACUUCCUGUAACUGCAGCUGUUGAUCCGGGCAACUUUUUUGACCAGGUGCCACCGGAGCAGGAGCAGCCGGGUAACGAGGAUCAGCGAAUCCAGAACUUCUUCAACAACCCACCGCUUCAGGACCAGCCCGCCGCUCCCGGUGAACUCAAAUACGAUAUUGUGCACAGUGGAUUGGCUGUCAAGGAGUUGGCGCCACGGUCACAGACCCCUGUAUCCAAUCUGGUAGAGCCGCCCUCGUCGGCCUGCUCCGAGUUCUCGACCCUCGCACCAGCUCGCCAAACGGGAGACGAUCUAAUCCAGCAGCAUCUCGGGGAGUUGCCCGAGGAGAUUCUGAAGCAGCUUAGGAUGGCCACCGCCAGCGGGAGCAACGAUAAGGGCCAGGCGUCCGCAACGCCUUCAGUGGCAAUACCUUACACCCCCGCCCUGGUGCAUUGGUUUUACAAGCGUAGUGUGGACAGCAAGUUCAUCUGGACACCAUUCAGUCACUAUGAUUCCGCAUUGCUGGAAACGAGCUUAAACAGUGACGAUUCCACCCUGAUUGUGCCAGUAGAAGGAGGACGUUAUGACGUCAACAUCAAGGAACGCUCAAAGACUCCUGUUUACUGGGAGGGCAAGGCCAUCGAGGUGCGCCGCUGUUCGUGGUUCUACAAGGGCGUCGACUCCAAGUACGUGCCCUACACCGAGGACACGGCCGCCCUAUUGGAAUCUGAAUAUCAGCGCUCCGCGGAAACCGGCGAGUGGCACCAGAAGAUCAUGCUGGCCAAUGGCGAACAGGUGGUCUUCCACGGCCCCACCGUCAUUGUGCACUUUCUGCCCCAACAAAAUGGCGACACCUGGGGAGCCAGCACGCAGGGCUCUAUGCGGCCGAGGGUUGUGAAGAGAGAUCUGGACGACUUUACCAUCGAUCAGGGAGAGUCUCAGCGCGUGGAUCACCUGCUCUUCAUGGUUCAUGGCAUUGGGUCGGCUUGCGACCUGAAAAUGCGACCAGUGGAGGAAGUGGUCGAUGACUUCCGGAUCAUUGCCCAACAGCUGGUUCAGUCGCACUACAAGAACUCCACGGACAUGGGUCUCGUGGGUCGCGUAGAAGUCUUGCCCAUCUCCUGGCACAGUCACCUGCACUCCGAAGAACUGGGCAUCGACGAGAAGCUCAAGUCCAUUACCUUGGAGUCCAUACCACGGCUGAGAAACUUUACCAACGAUACCCUGCUCGACGUGCUCUUCUACACCAGUCCCAAGUACUGCCAGAAGAUCAUGAACACGGUGGCAGAUGCCCUCAACGAGGUGUAUCUGAAAUACAGGAUGCGGCAUCCGGAGUUCAAUGGUGGUGUGUCGUUGUCCGGGCACAGUCUGGGCUCCCUGAUUCUGUUUGAUUUGCUUUGCCACCAGGAGCCGCUCAAGGAGAGCGAGGAGGAGAACAAGGAGAACCCGGACCAGCUGCCCUUGAAGGCCCAGAAGGUACAACUGCCGAACAACGACUUGCUGCCCAAGGAGGUUAGCUACGCGAUGGGUCCGGCCGGAACAGGCCAGCCGGUAAUCAACUACACCCAGUUGAUCUUCCAUCCCAAGAAGUUCUUCGCCCUGGGCUCGCCCAUCGGCAUGUUCGUGACCAUCCGAGGCAUCGACAAGCUCGGCCUGGACUUUAGCCUGCCCACGUGUCCCGGUUUCUACAACAUAUUCCAUCCCUUCGAUCCGGUGGCCUAUCGAAUCGAAGCCCUGGUCAACCCGGACAUGAACGGUAUAAGGCCUGUGCUGAUUCCCCACCACAAGGGCCGCAAGAGGAUGCACCUGGAACUGAAGGAGACCAUGACACGAGUGGGGGCGGAUAUCAAGCAGCGAUUCAUGGACACAUUCAAGACCACCCUGGACAGUGUCAACUUCCUGACAGCCGUAACGAAAGUGAAGAAGGAAGCCGAAGAGUCGUUGGAGAAGGAGAAACAAAAGGGUUCCACGCAGUCGCUGCAAAAGCAAGCGGAAGACCAGGACGACAACUCAGUGGCUAGCACGAGUUACAAACUGCGAACCCGCUCCGAUUCCAACUCGACCACCGCCUCCGAUCCGGAGUUUGUGGAACUGGACUUCCCGCUGGGAAAGCUCAACGACUCUAAGCGGGUGGAUUAUGUGCUGCAGGAAGCGCCGCUCGAGUUCAUCAACGAAUAUAUCUUUGCCCUGAGCAGUCAUGUGUGCUACUGGGGCUCCGAGGACACGAUACUGUUCGUGAUGAAGGAGAUCUACGCCAGCCUGGGCAUUAGCACCGACAGCCAGGUGCCGCAGUCAUCGAUGACAAUCGAACGACCCGUCUCGCACGAGAGCGGCAUUAACCAGGCGUUGCUGCCGAUGUGAGUCCACUGUCCACCACCACCACCAGUCGCUACCAUACCGACAGCGUACACGCCACACCAACUAUAAUUAUUUAGAAACAAUUUAUAUAGAUACGUUAUUUGUUAGCCAAAUCAUACAAAGAUUUUUCCAUAUGUGCAACUCUAACUUGGUUAAUGGUAUUAUCAAAGUAAGAAGUCUUGUAUCGUCUUGUUCCGAGUGACUAAUCCGCUGGCAAAAGCUAGGCCCGGGUCUCGAGCUAUAUUCACCGGCUGCUGCUCUGGGCACCGCCGAGCAGUGCAAUUUGUUAUUUUUGUAAUAUUGAGUGUAACUGAAUUUUUUAAAAUUUAUGCUAAAGAAAAGUGUAUGUCCAACUAAAACCGAACUAAUAAAAUAUAUUACUAAAAACA